AUGGCCGCAAGUAUUCCGGCUGCUCUCUUUGGUUCGGCUGCGCAGAGAGGAUCGGGAGCCCUGGUGGAGUUUAGAGCAGGGAAAUGCACUCGCGAGGGAACUCUUGUUAAGCCAGACACGCGAAAAGGCUUGAUCUACAUGAACCAAGGAGACGACUCACUUAUGCACUUCUACUGGAAAGACCGACGGACGGGAGCAGUGGAGGAUGAUUUGAUCAUUUUCCCAGAGGAAGCCGACUUUGUUAAAGUGUCACAGUCAAAUGGACGCGUAUAUGUCCUCAAAUUUAAGUCGUCAUCACAGAAGCUGUUCUUCUGGAUGCAGGAGCCGAAGUCAGACAAGGACGAAGAACUAGCCAGAAAGGUUAAUAAUCUUAUCAACAAUCCUCCUGCACCCGGACAAGAUCCCAUGGAGAAUGAUUUACUUCAAGUCUUACAGCAAAGCGCCAGGAAUGCAGGGUCUAGUGAAGGUGCAACGACUCCUAGCUCGGCGUCGGCAUCUGCCCAAUUGGAGCAAAUUCGUGAUGUUUUGGCCAAUAUCCGCGUAUCAGAUGCAGAGGCUGAGUCUGCUGGUGACCUGGCGCAUGCGCUGAAUCCGGACACUGUUGGACCCAUUCUCAACAACCCAAAUAUUUCUUCGGCGCUCUUCCCGAAUCUUCCUCAAAUUGCCAACAGAUCGCCGGCAGAGAUUCAAGCAUUAAUGGACAGUCCUGAGUUCACACAGUCUGUGCAGUCCUUGAGUGCUGCGUUACGAUCUGGGCAGUUGGCGCCUCUACUUCAACAGCUAGCUCCAGGUAGCGAUAUGGAAGCCCUCCAAACAUUCUUGCAAUCUGUGCAAGAUCGUAUAAACCAGGAUCAGAGCGGGGGUGAUUCCAUGGACACUGAUUAG